AUGGGCUACUACGAUAUAGACGAUAUCUUGGCAGAGAACGAGAAGGUUCCUUGUGUGUUCAACGCAACGUAUCCUGGCUUGGGCUUUUUGGACGGGAGUCCCAAUAGGCCGCUUGAGAAAGAUACCAAGGUGGAACUACCGAUGUGGUUGGCGAAACUCUUAGCUAUGAGUGAGUUACUGGCACAGUCCGACCUCAGUUUUGUUGAGAUGCUCACGCCAGAGUUCAUCAGCAACAAGGUGUUAAGUGCUAUUCGUGCCGACCCCACGUCGGUUGACCUACAUUCACUCAAAGCAAACUACUACAAGCUCGCUGAACAGUGGAUCUACAUAUUCAAUGACCGCCCUGUUGCUGAAAUUGUCAUGGAGAUGCUCAAACAGAGGGCAUUGGAGAUAGACAACUUUGCCAGUAACACAAACAAACACGUGAACAGCUCCUUCUUGCAUUCGUUGGACGAGUUCGAAAAGAAACUAUAUAGAGUCACCGCCGAGAGCAAGAGAAGAAUGAGAAACUGGUCUAACGAGACGUGA